CGUGUCAACAACUUGUGACGUGGUUUAUUGUACAUUACAUAGUAGGCCAUCGCUUAAUCAACUAGUUAAUUUUGCGAUUUGAAAAAAUUUCUAAAUUUUUAAUUUAAAUAAAUUGCAUGUUAAAACAUUUAUACAUAUUUUAAAAAAAUAUUUUGUUUUUUUAUAAUUACGUAAUAAAUCAUUACAUAAUAACAAUGAACUAUAACAUUUUUAUAUUUAUCUUGGCAGUCAACGCAACGAAUAGCCAGAAAAAAUAUGAUGAAGGAUUCAGAUAAUGUGCGUGAUGUAUACGAUCACUAUCCAUUUAGCGUAUUUAAAUUAUUAUUAAAUACAGAAGUGAAAGACAAUCAAAACCAAUAUUCGUUUAGAGUAUGGCAUUUAUUAUUAAACGAUCAAGAAUAUUCUAAAAAAAACAUCGUCACAAAAAAAAAUCUUCAACAAAAAAUUAGUUAUACAAUGACACUAAUUAAUUAUGAGUACACAAUAAAUUUAGCAUUUAUUGUGAAUCACAUAAAAUAUAUAGCUUCUUAUUGUAAUAUACUUAAACAGCAGGCUACUAUAGUAAAUGUUUCAACACUUCACGCGAAGUGUGUGUAUUUAUUAAUUCGAAAUGUUAAUGAAUCCAUAAAUCUUAUACUACGUUAUGUUAAUGCAAUAAAUUUCCUAAGGAAUUUGUUAAAUGUAGAAACCAACACAGGUAUUUUAAACGAAUUAAUACAAUUUAUUGAAUUGGUAAGCAGAAAAAAAAAUGAAGAUGACUAUUCAUUAGCGGACAAAAUUUAUCUUAAUUUCAAAAAGGCGUACGAAAUGGAUAAUAAUAAUUUNCAUAAUUUCAAAAAAGCGUACGAAAUGGAUAAUAAUAAUUUGCAAAAAAUAGUAAACAAUUAUUCAGUAGCUAAAUACAAGUAUUGUGUAAAUAAAAGAAUGGACGAUUUUGAUCAAUAUAAAUCAGACAAUAAAUUACCAGAAACGUUUCAACACUACGAAUUCGCAGAAGUUAUCUUAAAUAAAAGUCUUGAACAGAUGAAAAACGCGUAUGCUAAACACGGCUUUCUUUAAAAAAAAUAUACGAAUGAAACUUCUUAUUUUUACGAUGUAUAGUUGAAGAAAAAAAUAAUUAUUUUCUAGUUUUUUUAAGCAUUAGAAGCUCAUCAGCUCAUCAUCAGUCAUUAGCUGACAAAUAUAAUUCAUAUUUUCUUUUAAUAUUCUUAAAAUUUUCCAUUAAGUUACCUAGUAGCGCCAGCGGUCCUGGGGCUGGUACAUGCAUACCUCUUGACUGCGCCAUGUUAUGUAUUUUAUAGUAUUUUAUUAAUAAAAACUAGUUAUGUUAUAAA